AUGAGGAAGGUUGUUUUCAGGCCCCCAAACCGUUAUGACUUUGUCAUGGAGUAUAUUUGGAAGAUUGAUGUUCCUUUAAAGUGUAAAGCUUUUGGUUGGCGGUGUCUCCGUGAUAGGAUUCCGACAAAAGACUCGCUUGUCCGUAGAGGUAUCUCUAUUUCUCCCUCGGCUUUGUCUUGCUCUUUUUGUGGUGUUUGUAGUGAAACUUCUAGACAUUCUCUUCUUCUUUGUCGUAUGGCGGAUGAUGUGUGGAGUUAUAUCGCUUCUUGGAUUGGCUUGGAGGAUUAUAAGGCAGAGAAUUUUAAAGAGAGUUUUUGGAUUUGGCAUUCUUUUUGUAAUAGGAAGAAAGUUAAAAGAGGUAAGCUAGGAUGUGUUUGGUUGGCAACUCUUUGGACUUUGUGGUUACAUAGGAACAAGAUUAUUUUCAAGAAUUUUGGUUGGAAUUCUAGGGAUGUUGGUUGGGAUGUUAAAGUUUUAGUUUGGAGGUGGGCGUUUAUUGGGAAUAUUGCUCAUGCCAAUUGUAACUUUUAUGAGUUUGACAAAAACCCUUUGUUUUUCUUAAGUUAG